AUGGAUCCCAGGCUGGUCGCCGUCAAGGAAGGUGCCAUAUACUGUGCGAACCUCGGCUCAGCUUCCUGGAACUUCUAUGAUCAAUUGGGGUCGCAUGUAUCUCAUCUUAACAUUUCAUAUGGUGAGAGUGAUGCUGAUGCCGGCGCCAACGAGACGCUGACUACUGCCGUCCUCGCUUCCAAUCUUAAUCAUCUAGCUCAACUCGACAGUGGAGUUGGGUACAUCGGCACAAGCUUCGCCUCGCCUGACGUGGCCAAGACCAACAUCACAGGAUGCAAGGACACCUGCAUGGCCAAUUGUUCGUGCGUUGCGAUGUUCUUCAACCAAACUUCAGGUGACUGCUUCCUCUUUGAUCAGAUUGGUAGCUUGCAGAAGAAAGCUGGGGACAGAACUGUUCUUACAACUUUUGUCAAGAUACCUAACCAUGUCUCAGGGCAAGGUGGGAGGCACACCGUUAUUAUUGUUGCCACUGUAGUCGGACCUUUGGCAUUCAUAGGGGUGCUUAUUUAUGUUGGUCUCUACAUAUAUCGAUGGACAUCAACACAAGAUCAAGAGGAAGGUUAUGGGUAUCUCCACACGAUGGCUGGAGCGCCGACACGAUUCACUUACAAGGAGCUCCAAGCUGCAACGAACAACUUCUCCGACAAGCUUGGCGAGGGAGGAUUUGGAUCAGUGUACCUCGGAACGCUCCCAGAUGGGAGCCACAUCGCUGUGAAGCAGCUGGAAGGUGUUGGCCAAGGGGAGAAAGAGUUCCGGUCUGAGGUGACAAUAAUUGGUAGCAUCCACCACAUACAUCUAGUUAAACUCCGAGGUUUUUGUACCGAGGGGGUGCACAGGCUCGUUGCUUAUGAGUACAUGGCAAACGGAUCUCUGCAUAGGUGGAUUUUUGCUAGUGAAGAAGAUGAUGCUCCAGUUCUGGACUGGGAUACGAGGUUCUACAUCGCGCUUGGAACAGCAAAAGGUUUGGCAUAUCUUCAUCAGGAUUGUGAGUCAAAGAUCAUACACUGCGACAUCAAGCCUGAGAAUGUUCUACUCAAUGAUAACUUCACUGCAAAGGUAUCGGACUUCGGCCUUGCCAAACUGAUGAGCAGAGAGCAAAGCGAGGCCUUCACAACACUGAGGGGCACACGGGGCUACCUUGCACCCGAGUGGAUCACCAACUGUGCGGUCUCGGAUAAGAGCGAUGUGUAUAGUUAUGGGAUGGUCCUGCUUGAGAUAAUUAGCGGGCGGAGGAGCUUCAAUCGUGUGGAGGUCUCAGAGAAAGCCCAUUUCCCACCCUUCGCCUUCAAGAAGAUGGAGGAAGGUGAUAUUUGCACUAUCUUCGAUGCCAAGCUCAAGUAUGAUAGAGAUGAUGAUCGAAUGGAUAGAGCGAUCAAGGUUGCUCUAUGGUGCAUCCAGGAAGAUUUCCACCAGAGACCUUCCAUGUCAAAAGUUGUCCAGAUGCUUGAAGGUGUAUGUGAUGUGCCUCGUCCACCGACAUGCUCACAAACUGGAUCCAUGUUCCAUGUGACUGGUCACAAAUCAAGUGGUGCAAUACCUUCAGCUGUGCAGCUCUCUGAAGCUAGAUGA